UUUUCCCCAAUUCAAAAGCAAACCCUCGAGUCCCAGGAAUGAUUACUGAAAGAGGAAAAGGGAGAAAGAUUGUAGUAGAAACUGUGUUCAUAAGCAAAACAAAAUUCAUCUGAGUGCGUCAAUUUGGUUUGCUCUGUGUUCCUCUGCAUCACCUCUUCCUGCUUCUACAUCGCCGGUGUGCAGCGAUUUCCUUUUCUGCGACUUUGAGGGUUCAGCUGUGUUCAAAUUCAAACCCUAGCCUGCGAUUCGUGGUUCAAAGGAAUGGCCUCAUACAGGCCCUUCCCUCCGCAAUCGAGUCAAAUUCAAAACCCUAUUCCCAGUGGGAAUCAUCAGUAUACUAAUAAUAAUCAAAAUUGGGGUGCUUACGGAGAUCCCUCUAAUGCUUCAUUUCCCCAAAUCCCUCCAAAUUCCAAUUAUCACCAUCAGCAGCAACAACAUCAAAAUCAACAUCAUGCUCCGUAUGCACCUCCAAAUCCCCAUCACCCUCACUAUCCAUAUCCGCCACCACCUCCACCGCCACCGGAGGCUUCAUACCAGCCUCCGCCGCCACCACCUCCUCCCGCCUACUAUCCCUCUAAUAACCAGUAUAACAACCAGCCACCUCCGCCGCCGCCGCCGUUGUCGCCGCCGCCGCCACCUCCUCCUGUUUCGCCCCCUCCUCCUCCCCCGGCAACUCAGAACAAUGAAGAGCGGCGCUUCAAGGAUCCUUCCACGUCCGGCCGCCGCGAAUAUGAUCCUUCCAAUCACGGCAUUGCUCACAAGCAGCACAAGCACCAGCCUCCCGUGCCAGCAAAAAAGGUGAAUGGGCCUCCUGGCAGAACUGAGACGGAGGAAGAAAAGAGGUUGAGGAAGAAGAGGGAGUUUGAGAAGCAGAGGCAGGAGGAAAAGCAUAGGCAGCAGCUCAAGGAGUCCCAGAACAGUGUUCUGCAGAAGACUCACCUGUUGUCGUCUGGGAAGGGGCAUGGCAUGAUUGCAGGGUCUCGAUUGGGAGAAAGGAGAUCCACUCCUUUGUUGAGUGCCGAGAGGGUGGAAAAUAGGUUGAAGAAGCCCACGACAUUUUUGUGUAAGCUCAAAUUUCGAAAUGAACUUCCAGAUCCAAGUGCUCAGCCCAAGCUUAUGGCUUUCAAGAAAGAUAAAGAUCAAUAUGCAAAAUAUACAAUCACAUCCCUGGAGAAAAUGUACAAACCCAAGCUUUUUGUGGAGCCAGAUCUAGGGAUACCUCUGGACCUGCUUGAUCUCAGUGUUUACAAUCCUCCCAGUGGCAGACAACCUCUUGCUCCAGAAGAUGAGGAACUGUUGCGGGAUGAUGAAGCUGCUACACCUAUUAAAAAAGAUGGCAUAAAAAGAAAAGAGAGGCCUACUGAUAAAGGUGUAGCGUGGCUUGUCAAAACACAAUAUAUAUCUCCUCUAAGCAUGGAGUCCACAAAACAGUCUUUAACUGAAAAACAAGCUAAGGAGCUGAGAGAGAUGAAGGGGCGUGGCAUUUUGGACAAUCUAAACAGUAGGGAAAGACAAAUCAGGGAAAUUGAAGCAUCGUUUGAAGCAGCUAAGUCUGAUCCUGUCCAUGCAACGAACAAAGAUUUGUAUCCUCUUGAGGUUAUGCCAUUACUGCCCGAUUUUGAUAGGUAUGAUGAUCAGUUCGUUGUUGCUGCAUUUGAUAAUGCUCCCACGGCCGAUUCAGAAAUGUAUGCUAAGUUGGACAAAUCUGUUCGUGACGCCUUUGAAUCAAAGGCAGUUAUGAAGAGUUAUGUUGCAACGAGUUCAGAUCCUGCUAAUCCUGAAAAGUUUUUGGCAUAUAUGGCCCCAGCACCAGGAGAGCUGUCAAAGGAUAUAUAUGAUGAAAAUGAAGAUGUCUCGUACUCUUGGAUUCGCGAGUAUCAUUGGGAUGUUCGGGGUGACGAUGCAGACGAUCCUACAACAUUCUUGGUUGCAUUUGAUGACUCAGAAGCACGUUACUUGCCUCUUCCGACUAAACUUGUUUUAAGAAAAAAGAGGGCUAAAGAGGGAAGAUCAGGUGAAGAAGUUGAGCAAUGUCCAGUACCUUCAAGAGUGACCGUAAGACGGAGGUCUAGUGUCGCUGCGAUUGAGCGGAAGGAUACUGGGGUUUAUACAAGUUCAAGGGGCAAUUCCUCGAAGAGAGCUCGUCUAGACAUGGACGAUGGUCUAGAACACCAACAUAGAGGUGCUUCACACCAGGACAACUAUCAGUCUAGUGGAGCAGAAGAUUACUUGUCUGAGUGAUUAUUUGAUGCAAAUGCUGCCGAAGUAAAGCAAAUUGGUCCAACGAAAUGGUAGUUGGAUGAGUGGCUGCAGACAGCUGAAUUUUUCGUGGCGCCUUUGUGCUUCAAUGAAGAAUGCCAACGACAAAUCCCAUAAUUUUGUAUGACCAUUUUUAACUUGAUGCACAUACAUUCAGAGUGUAGGCAGCUGUUGAAUUAAUAUAGAUUUUCUUUUCAAUACCAUUAUAUUAGAAAAGAUUGAAAAAUAAUUAAGUGUAAAAAGCAUGUCAGACCAAAUAGAAUCCUGUCAUUGCUCAAUGUUCAUCUGACCUGCUUGCCAAUGAAAUUACAGCCUUUGGUCAUGUUGUGGCAUUCUGAUUCA